CAAUGAAGUGAUUUACUAUACGCUCGCAUAUACAUGUCGGGUUACUUAUAGCGACGAUUUGCUGUGUGAUACUUUUUCAUUUGAUUAUCUCUCUAUGAAAAAGAUUACGGCAGCAACACAUUAAUUCGAAGUUUCGACGGAAGGCUUCAACUAUAAUUGAAUGGUUUCAACUAUAGGAAAUUCUUAUGGUCCAGGUCACAUACCAGAGGAUCAUGACUGCAGAGUUAUCAUGCAGCAAUAUUCUAUACAUAUGAGUUUAUGAACUAUAGCGAUAUGCAAUGAACUAGAGAGUUGGAGAGAACGUUAGCGGUCGGCAACCCUCAGCGGUGUGAUCAGUUUUUCUGAUAAUGGUUUCAAUUUCCGUUCGACUUUCGAUGUAAUGCCUAAUAUAGCAAUGACCAAGACGAAGUUGAACUGUACCACACCUGGUUUUUCCGGUUUGCUUGCGGUCGCAACGUGAAUGGUCUCAUCAUUGCGCUGACGCCCUACCAACGGGGUUGCGAUACCGAAAGUGUUUGAUACACUCUUGACUCCACUAGAAGAUCAGGGAUUUGGUCUCAGUCCCAAGGUUUCGCUCCAAGGUUGCGUUCGCGCCCGUAAUACGUGAAGAGGUGUCCCCUAGCAUUACCGAAGAUGAAUUACUUCCAAAUCAAAAUGAUUUUUUUCAUUGGAGUAUCUUCCGGGGUAACCGCGUUAUUGUCCACGGUUGGAUGUCUUGCCAAUAUCGAACAGCCAACGAUAGAAUCGCAGGGUAUUUGGUUGCCAGAGGCACAUUGUGACGUGAGGCACCUUCGGGGAUGCUUCAAUCUUCAUUUGGACGCCGAGCAGAUCCCUUAUUCUCCGGACAAUAUUUAUCAAGAAGAUCCCUCAAAUGCCAUAUGUGAUGUAGAAGGAGAAGAGGGGUGUGAGUCUGUGUACAAGGUCACCCCUGUUCAGAAUCCAUCAUUUGCGGAAGCAGCCCAAGCGAAUCCUUGUCCGGCCGAUCCAGAUUCCAUUGAUCGAGUGCUCUUGCCCCACCCUCAUAACUGCAGCCUGUUCUACAAGUGCGACUGGACCACGCCGGUUCUUUUCGAGUGCCCUCAGGACUUGCACUUCAACAUCGACCUUCAGAUCUGCGACUGGCCCUGGCAUGCGGGCUGCGACAGCGGUUGGACAAGAUGUCCGCGUCCUCCGCCGUUAUGUCCUGCCCAACAUCGGCGUCCCAUUCAUCUACCCCAUCCUCAUCUGUGCGAUCAAUUUUACCAGUGUAACUGGGGUCAGCCGCACUUACAAAGCUGUCCCGAUGGACUCCAUUUCAAUCCAAGUCUCAAAGUAUGCGACUGGCCUCACAGUGCGAAAUGUCAAAUUUGUUAAUCCUGAACGUAUGAGUAUGAUACUAUUUGAAUGAGCGCGAGGCUCUACACGGUACCAUAAAUACCAUAAGCGUACCGAUUCACAAAAUGGUGACAGCGUUUGAUAGAAAAUUAAAG